CAGACGUACGUAAACUGUGCCACUUGUGCGUGAUGGCGUCAUUUACACGUGCUUUGACGUACUAUACGUCCCACUGUGGCGAGCAGGGAGUGAAGUAAGACGGCAGGAUGUUGCGGCUUCGCUGUAAGACCAAAAAUGGGAGCCACUUGAUGCAUGGCUUGACUCAUCAGUCCUGCGUGCAGGAGCUGAAGCGCAAGGUGGAGGAGCUGACUGGUAUCCCCUGUGAUGUGCAGAAAAUAAUGGUCGGAUACCCACCCUCCAGCCUUGAUCUUCGGAACGGAGAGGCUCACCUCAAGGACUACCCUAUCAAAUCAGGAGACACACUCAUCGUUGAGGAGGAAAAAAACAAGCCAAAGCCUCAGGAUCGUCCCGCUGUGACGAAAGGACCUAACCUCGAAGGUUCACCUAUGCUGGCACGCCGAGUGGUCCCAGCUGAUAAUUCCUGCCUCUUCACCAGUGUUUAUUAUGUGGUGGAAGGCGGAGUGUACGACCCCGCCUGCGCCCCUGAAAUGAGAGGUCUCAUUGCCCAGAUAGUCUCGAGUGACCCCGCAGCUUACUCUGAAGCGGUGCUGGGGAAAACCAAUGAGGAGUACUGCACCUGGAUAAGACGUGAUGACACUUGGGGAGGAGCCAUCGAGGUAUCCAUCCUGUCUAAGUUCUACCAGUGUGAGAUCUGCGUAGUGGAUACUCAGACAGUGCGAGUAGACAGAUUUGGGGAGGAUGCUGGCUACCACAAACGCGUGUUGCUGAUCUAUGAUGGCAUCCACUACGACCCGCUGCAGAAAGAGAUCCCUGGAUCCGACACCCCGCCCCAGACUAUCUUCUCGACUACAGACGACGUAAUCCUGGCCCAGGCCCUCGAGCUGGCAGACGAGGCUCGCCGCAAGCGCCAGUUCACAGACGUUAACCGCUUUGCCUUGCGCUGCAUGGUGUGUCAGACAGGCUUGGUGGGACAAAAGGAAGCUCGUGAGCAUGCCAAGGAGACAGGCCACGCUAAUUUUGGUGAAGUGUGAAAGUCUUGCUGUCUUUUUACUCUCUCACAAAUACAACAACCACCAACCCCCAUGCCCUGUGUCUGGCAACUCUGUGGGUCUGUCUGCUUUUGUGAUCCUCUACCUCACAUUAUCUGGCAACAUCUUUGGAGACUCUGCAGGUACUGUGUUCCGCCUCUUACCUGUUCAGUAUUACUUUUUAACUACUGUCAGUUCUUACAGUCAGAAAUGCUACUGCAGUGCUCCAGUGUUAGAAACCAUAAUAUUCAGAUCUCUUUAAACUGGGUCAGGAUGCAAAAAAUUCUUAGUUGUUUCGAUCUGUUAAGAUUACUCAUGGACAAGUUCAUAAACCAAACAGUUUAGGAUGUGUUAUCAAUGCAGCAAAUUGGCAGAACUUACCCUUGACGAAACAAAGAUGUGCGAACAAAGAAUUUUAAAACAUUCACUAAGAAUUAUUUGCACAGUUAUGUGAUCACAUUCACUUUUGUCUUAAACCCAGCACAGCAAGCUUGACUGUUAUUUAUCAUGUUGGUUAUGUAGCAUGUUUUUUUUAUUACUUUGGGGGCAAAUGUAAGUAAUUCUUCCACUAAUUUCCUUAAAUUUAAACAUCUGAACUGUUCAAUAUAGACGGUCUCAGUUAAUGCUAAGCAGGAUUCUUCUAAAGGAUUACUUGAUGAAAAUCAAUCAAACACACCUAACCUCCUCAGUAUCCAUUGUUUUGUUUUUUGUUUGUUUUUUUUGUACAAUAACUUUAGCAUAAUUAUGGAUCAUUCAUAUUGUCAAUGUUUUCUGAGUUGCAUGCUCUGAAUCUGCACUGGGGUGACUCAAAAUUUGGCCAUUUGUUUAAUCCAGAAGGAUAUGACGACUAAAAGAAUAUCCAGGUAUCAAAAUGUCAUUGCAGACACCAAUGCAUCUCUCUGUUACUCUGCGUCCAUCGUAGACAUUAAAUGCAAUGAUUUGUCCCUUGAUUAUUAAGCUCAAAGGUACACUGUUUUUUGUUUUUUUUUUAGGGGGGGAAUGAAUUUGAGCUGUCGACAAGAUCAAUGGUGGUAUGAAUUUUGAAUACAGUAUCAUACUGCAAGUGCAAAAUUGGCCUUUAAUUUUUUUUGUGGGGGGUGGGGGGGUUUGCAACAUUGAUUGUGAGUGGGCUUGACUCAAUAGGACAAAAAAAAGUUAUGGUGCUGUAAACUAAACACGUUACAAAAUCUGUAGCUCAUUUUUCUGUAUUUGUGCCGCAGGUUUUGAUGAGUGUUUUUCUUGUCUUUGUUUUUUUGUAGUGCACAAGUUUGAAAUGCUGUAAGAACUGUUUUUUGUUGUUUAAAUUAUACUGCAUACUUUGAAAAACCAUUCAAGCAUUAUAUUUGUAACAAAUCAAGGUAAGGCAUAGAGUAUUUUAAGAUCUUUUUUCUUUGUAAAGGCUGCUCAUAAUGUCCUUUGCUAAUCAACAUCAAAUAUUUCCAUCUUACAUUUAUAGCUCUGGGUGGAUGUAUUACAAGUAAAGGUACAUUUAGUUUACUGUGUUUUGUAUGUUUUAUAAAAACUGCCCCUCCUGUUUCACUGUAUGAAUUUUUUUCUUCCCCCACAACAGGAGUCUGUUCUCACAUUUUAAGCUAGUCAUCCAUUAUCUCUUUGCUAAUUUCUUUGACAUACACUGGCUAUAAGGAUGAAGAAAGCACUUGUAUUAAACUUAAAGUCGAAGAUUUGAGAUUGAUAACUGUGGUUAGUUCUCAUUGUGGCAAAACAUGGUGUUUGACGGGUCUUUGAUGGCAGAAUUGUUGCCAACAGCUUCACAGUGGAACCUUGACUGGACUUUGACUUUGGUUCAGAUUCGGAUGGUGACGGUAAUCAAUUAAAGAAAGCAGAAAAACCAAAACUUUUUCGUAUGAUUUUUUUCCCCCCUUAUCCCACCUCAUCAUCUACCUUAGGUAUUUUAAACGCUGGUAAAAACUGAAUAAUCAACUUGAUGAAACCAUGAAAUGGCUUUGUUGCAUUUUGUAUUUGCCAUGUUCUCAUGAUUAACAAUAACAGUGAAUGUUGCACACAAAGCACUACAGAAUAAACUGAAUUUACUUGAUUGUUUUGUUUUUUCAGUGUUUUCAAUUAAAAAAUAUAGCAAAUAGGGAUGUGUAAAAGUUGUUUUGUGUCAACUAUACUGGGUUUACUCAUGGCUAAAUGAGUUAAAAUUCUGCAGUGCUUGAAGAACAACAAGGUAAAACGAACUAACAAAGAGUUAAAUAGUUUUCAGAUUGCCUUGUGAGAAAAGUCAAGCUGAGAUGCUUUGUUGCUGCCAUGCUUUAAUGGGUUUUAAAUAAAUCUUUAAGAUAUUUUCUUUUAAAUGGUUUGAUGCAGGGGGACAAAGAAGCAGUGUGAAAUUUAAAGGUUAGAAUCUUUUUGUACAUAAAUACAAAUGGGAAGUAACAUAGAUAAUGCUAAUUAAUAAUUACUGUGAUAUUACUGUGACAACUCCAUUAUCUUAUGACU